AUGGCACCAGAAUUUGAACCCCAUAAACUUUGCUUGGAGACACUUAUUUACGAACCUAUCACAUGGAAUAAUUGGUAUCGUCACAUAAAUUGGUUGCACGCUCCUUUAUUGACUUUAACACCUUUGAUUGGUUUAUAUGGCUUAUACACUACUCCCAUCCAAUACAAUACUGCCAUUUGGAGUAUAAUUUAUUAUUUCAUAACUGGCUUAGGAAUUACUGCUGGACAUCAUAGACUAUGGGCUCAUCGAGCUUAUAAAGCUUCGCGUCCACUUGAAAUAUUUUUGUUAUUUGGUGCAUCUGGUGCUGUCGAGGGAUCCGUACGUUGGUGGUGCAGAGAUCAUCGGGCUCAUCAUCGUUAUACUGAUACUGAAAAAGAUCCAUAUAGCGCACACAAAGGCUUACUAUAUUCGCAUAUAGGUUGGAUGCUUUUAAAACAAAAUCCCAAUACUAUUGGCAAAGCCGACAUCUCUGACCUCAAUUCUGAUCCACUAUUAAGAUUUCAACAUCGUAACUUCCUCUAUUUUGCUCUUGGUAUGGGUUUCCUAUUACCUACUUUGGGUGGCUUUUAUUUUGCAGCAGUUCUUCGUUUAGUUGUUGUACAUCACGCAACAUUUUGCGUCAACUCACUAGCCCAUUUUUUGGGAGAUGCACCAUUUGAUGAUCGACGUACGCCACGUGAUCAUUUCUUGACAGCCAUUUUUACUUUAGGUGAAGGAUAUCACAAUUUCCACCAUGAAUUCCCAAUGGAUUAUCGUAAUGCGAUUAAAUUCUACCAAUAUGAUCCUACCAAAUGGUUAAUAAGAUUCUUAUCUUAUUUUAAAUUGACUCAUCACCUAAAAAAAUUCCCUGAUAAUGAAAUCAAGAAAGGUAUAUUAUUAAUGAAACAAAAGAAAUUGGAUGAUGCAAAGAAAUUUUUAAAUUGGGGUGUUCCAUUAAAUCAAUUACCCGUUUAUACUUUCGAUGAAUUUAAAGAACAUGCACAAAAUAAUAACUGGAUAUUGAUAGAAGGUAUAAUUUACGAUGUAACCAAUUUUAUUGAAGAACAUCCAGGUGGUAGAUCAUUAAUCACCACUUCAAUAGGCAAGGAUAUGACAACCGCAUUUAAUGGUGGUGUUUAUGAUCAUUCUAAUGCUGCUAGAAAUUUAACAUCUAAUUUCCGUGUUGGUGUAAUUGCCGGUGGUGGUGAAGUCGAAAGUCAUGAAUAUUUGAAUAGGCCAACAUUGUUGGCAUCAUGGUGGAAUCCAAAUAUUCUAAGCGGUUUAGACUUACAAAGAUCGGAUAAAGGAACAUGGUUGGGUAUAAGCCGUAAUGGAAGAUUUGCAGCCCUUACCAAUUAUCAAGAACGAUUACGUGAAAAAAUGCCUUUAUCACGUGGAUUGGUUGUAAAAAAAAUAUUAGAAUCAUCUGAUGAUCAUAGUAACAGUAAUGGUGAUAAUAAAUCAUUAGAACAAUGUAUGUCGGAAUUGAGUUUAGAAAUUGAUAAAUACGGUGGAUUAAAUUUGUUUACGGUAGAUUUAAAAGAUUCAAUAAAAGCUUUUUAUUUAAAUAAUCGAGAGAAUGUUGAAAUUAGACAAUUGGAGAAGGGAAUGGUUUAUGGUUUAAGUAAUACUAUUUUGGAGAAGCCUUGGCCUAAAGUUAAUUAUGGAAUCGAGAAAUUGAAAUUUAUUUUAAAAGAAGUUGAUGAACAAGAUGAAGAUGAAUUGGUUAAAAGAUUAUUUGAAUUAUUAAGCACUGUUACACCUUCUCAAGAACCAAUAGAUGAAAAUAUUAAAUAUCUUGCAGAUUUACUUCAUCUAAGGUAUACGAUCAGAGUACCUAAAUAUGAUGUAAAUGGACCAUAUGCUACCAGAACAAGUACAAUUAUAUUAGUAGAUUAUGAUAAUAAUGUAUUAUUUAUUGAAAAAAAUUUGUUUGAUGAGGAGGGAAAAGUUAUUGAAGAUGAAAAUAGUGGUACGAAAUAUAGAUUUAAAAUCGAUGGUGACGAUGACGAUGGAAGUAGUGUUAGUAAAGUAGUUAUAGGUGUAGGUGAUGAUGAUAAUUGCAAUAAAGAUAUAGAAAAUGACAUUAAAAUCGUUAAUAUUUUUAGUACUGAGGAUAAUAUUACUAAUGAUUUAUCGAUAGAUUGA